AUGACUGACGCGAGAUGGAACCAGAUUCAAGCAAGAUCAGCAGAGUUUGACGCCAAAUCCAAACAACUUGACGCAACACACUUGCGGUUAGAUGCAAGAUCUUUGGAGCUUGAAGCCAGAUCCACUGAGCUUGAAGCUCUAGCAGUGCAAUGUGAGUUUGAGAGGAUAAACAUUGAGCAAUACAAAGAAUUGCAUGAUAAGAUGCACGCGAUGGAGGUACUUAACCAGGCUUUAAUUACCCAGCAAAGAGAAGCGAAUGAUGAGUUGAAGCGUGUUCAAAAAGAGCUGCUAAAUGAAAGCGAGCGACUAGCACUAUUGCAGAAUGACCGGGAAGCAAUGGAGUCACUAAAUCAGGUUCUAAUAACCAAGGAAGUAGGAAGCAACAACGAGUUGCAAGUCGUCCGGAAAAGGCUGAUAGAUGGCUUGCAGAAGUGCUCGAACAGACGAGCAAAUUUAGGUGUCAAGAGGAUGGGUGAGCUUGACCUCAAAGCAAUUGCAAACGCUUGCAGACUAGAUUUAUCACAAGAGGAUGCACAAGUUACUUGUGCUAAUCUUUGUUCGAAGUGGCAGAAUGAAAUUUCAGACCCAAAUUGGCACCCUUUUAGGGUCGUCAUGGUUAAUGGUGAAUGGACGGGGAUUCUCUCAGAGGAUGAUGCAAAGCUCCGGAUGUUAAAAGAAGAGAACGGUGAAGAUAUGUACACCUUGGUAACAAAAGCUCUACUUGAAAUCAAUGAAUACAAUCCCAGUGGUCGUUAUGUUGUAUCAGAGCUGUGGAACUAUAAGGAGGGCCGGAAAGCAACACUGGAAGAAGUCAUCGAGUUCAUCCUGAAACAGUGGCAGUCACAUAAGAAGAAGCGAUGAGCAUCCAUUUAUUGGCAGGCUCCAUGUUCUGCUUUUGCUUCCGUAUAACUCGUACUUCCACCUCGAACUAGGACCUAGUAUAACUUUAAUGUUAGUGGA